AUGAGAUAUCCUAGCUGGGAGUCAUGUUGCAAGCAAGGAUCAGUCCAGUUGCAACUAUUACCUGAUCUACCUGAGUACUUGAAGGACUUGCUCGAACGUACGGACACUCAAGGCCGUCACUUUAAGGACAACCUUCGCCAGUACAACGCUGCCUUUGCCUUUACUUCGCUGGGCUGCGAUAUUGUUUCGCCUGAGGAUCAUGGCUUAACUGCUUUUCAGAUCCAUAGUGCACUUUGCCACCGUCAAGGCCCCUUGAUUCCAGUUGAGGGCAGUGAGCCUUCCUAUACCCAGCUGCAUAUCUUUGGUCCAUGCUAUGCCGCUGAACGAAGACAAGCACGAAACAGCAAUCUUGAUCCUGAGAUUAUUAGGGAGCUUUCAGUCAUGCUUGCCUAA